GAGCAACAGAAUCACUGUGCAAAUCGGUGACUGGGCGGUAAAGUAGAUAAUAACCUUAUUUUUAUUUGUUCAAAAAAUAAGUUUAAGGGCAUAGCAAGUUUUGUGUUUUCAAUUAUUAAAUACCAUAAAUAUAAAAAUGUCAUUGACAAGAAGUGCCAGAAUGACCAAAAAACAAAAACAGCUAUUAAUAUCAUAUUUAGAAGUUAAUAAAGAAAUGCUGAAAUUCAAACAUCCAAUUAUAGAGCUACCUACUAUUAAAAAGAAAUGGGAGGAACUGGCAUUGAUGUUAAAUAAUGAGCCAGGGGCAAAUAAAACUGUUAAGCAGUGGAAAGAGGCACUUAAUGAAUUGAAAACCAAUGUCAGAAGAAAAUCCAGAGCACUUGUGUAUGAAAAAACUGGAACGGGAGGGGGGCCAAAAAAAUUGAAAGAAUUGGAUGAACUAGAAGAGAGACUUCUGGCGCUACUAUCAAAAGUAGUUAUUCUUGGAGCACCUAAUGUUGUGGAAGCUGGACUUCAAGAUGAUGCUGUACCAAGUGCUGCACUUGAAAAUAAUAAUUAUUAUUAUGCUUUAGAUGCUACAACGGGUGCAGAAAACGAACAAAUACUAUUUGAGUAUGUUCCAAGUACAUCACAACAAAGUAAUGAGGAAAAUGUCAAUGCCAAUGAAAGUGAAACAUUUACAGUACAGGAGACAUCUCAUGUUGAGGAAAAAAAAAGUAAGGACACUCAUUUUGUUAGGAGCACCAAGAGAACCAGAAAUUCAAGCAGAGCAGAUCCCUUGAAAGAUUUAACAAGUCUUCAUGUGGAGUGCUUGAAAGAAUUAGCACAGUCUAAUAAUAAUAUGGCUGCUGCUAUUUCACAGUUAGCUAAGCAAUUUUCUAAAAGAAAUGGCUACAGAAGCCCUCUUAAUAAUUUGAGAUUUUAAUGGACUUUUUAAUUCCGAUUUUUCUUACUUUAUAUUCAUGUGUACUAUUUAAAAGCUAGUCCUAACCAAUCAGUAUUUUUAUUUAUAAGAAAGUUUGGCGAUUCUGUUUUUUAUGUUUGUUUUUUCAUAAUCGCUUUACUUCCUAUGAGUUACUAGUCUUAUUUCAAAACUAGUCUUAACCAAAGUGAUUUUUUUCUAAAGGAAUAUUUUGUUUUAAACCUAGUCUUGAAUAGCGAUUUUUAUUUUUUAUGCUUUUUAAAAAAUAAAAUACCCAUAUUUUCAUUGAGGCCUUUUUAUUUAAUCAGUGUAUUUAAUUAUACAAAAAAUUGUUGAGUGAUAUUGUCACGAAUUUGCAUUCCAGCCUGUAACCAUUGGUUUUCAAUAACAUUCAAAUUUGGUCUAUUUUGUGCUACAUUAUAAUUGGGAUUUAUGAUUAGAUCAUCAUCUGGUAAUUCUAUAUGAUGUUGAACUGCCAAGUUGUGCAAGACGCCACAACUAUAAAUUAUAUUUGCAGCACGAAUUGGGUCAAAAUGA